UCCGUGGGCACCAAUCGGAGUUCCAGCAUCGCCUGCAGUGACUACGUGGCCACGUUAACCAACUGUAACAUUAUGGUUUUGAGACCACACUCCCCGGUAGCUCUGGUGUGUGGGCUGCUGAAUGUGUGCGCUGCGUUCGUGCCCAGCAACACCGCCGGCGGGAUGGGGUUGACACCCAUCGCUGCCUCAGCACCUUGCCGACCUGCUGCUGUGUCUACAACUGAGUCGGCAGGCCACCCAGACCACCGGCGCCGCAUGGCGGUUACGAUGGCGAGCUCGGUGGCGCCGGCUCCGAGGACGAAAGCGGAAAAAACGAGCGAGCAAUUCAAGCUCAAGGACGGCGGCAUCGUGGAGUUUGGGAGCGGUCAGCGCGUUGAGGCUACAAUAUCCGGUGCUCCUCUGGAGAGCAUGCAGGCGUACAUUAGCGACCCCUCCCGCAUUGUGUACGCGUGCUGGGAGCACAAGGAUAUCACGGACAUGGGCGACGGCGUGUUUCGGAUGGCCUUCAGGGGGCAGAGCUUUCUGUCGAUCUCGAUCGAUAUGUCGGUAGAUAUUCAGCUGUGGACGGCGGAGGACGGCACGAUCCAGUGCAAGUCGGUGGGCUACUCGGUCGACGACAUGGCCAAGCUCUUGGGCCAGGAAUUCGUGGACACGUUCUUUUUGGAGCUGGAGGGGGAGCUGAGGGUGGAGGAGACGGUAACCAAGGUCAGGGCGCUGUCCCUGAAGAAUACUCGCUUGGGUGGUGACGUGGCAGUCACAAUAGGCGGCAAGAUGCCAGGCCUCUUGUCCGCGACGCCGGAACCUCUGGUCAAGUCGGCCGCCUUGGGGAUUAACAACAAGGUUCUCGAGUACGUGUCGAACACUUUCGUAUCCACCGUCGCCGGCGACUACCGAGAAUGGUCUAGAGAUCAAAGGCUGGCGAAAUAGGCUGGCCAAGAAAGAGCGGCGCUGCAGGAACGAACGGUCCGUGCUUAAUAUUGUGUGACACAACAUCUUCACGUUUCUUUCGCCGCCCUUGUCGCCGAUAUUGAUGCGCCACACUUAUGGCUGCGACAGGUAGGCCUGGUGAAUUUUUUUCAAACUCAAUUUCUAUGCAAAGACGUGCGCCGCGGCACGGCCCGCAGUAUGUAUGGAAACGGCGCUUGCUUAUAUGUUGCUAAAGGUUUAAUUUUCUUGGAAAACCUUGGAUAUCGUUCGCCUUUAUCUGAGAUAGCGCUGUCCCUUCGAAAUCUGGGACCGUGGGUAAAGUUGGAAAGAGUGAUUAGUGGAAGGAUGGAUGUACUCCUCCUCCUCCCCCUUCUGCAUUUUGUUUUUGGCGCUGAAGGUGUUACUCGCCCCCUUUGCCUCUCGGCGGUUUCUAGCCUUGACACGUGAAGAGACCUUGUUCACGGACCUAUUCAACGGAGCGCUUGCAGUCAACAAAAGAUACGUUAUGGGUACAUGUUCGAAACUAUCGUUCACGUUUUUUUUUUGUUGUGUAGCCGGAUCUGGGAAAAUGAUAUUCUCGAAGAAGCGUUCGGCUUUUUAAAAUGGACAAGGUGGUGCGAUAGACGAUAGGUGAUCUAGACAUGAGACUAGUGGACGUUUCGCCGCGUCAAACUCUCGGGCGGUUAUCCGGUUUCUGGAUGGGGUGCGUGUGAGAUAGUGAGACAUUGAACUGCAGCAAGCCCAACCUCAUAGAUAUUCCGGUGUGAUCCGUGAAUAUCUGGGAAAGGAAUAACGCCGAAGUUUGAAUAUCCCUUCCGUGCGAUGCAAUGGAAGCGUUUUGACGGGUACCUGCGCAUCGGGUGUGGCAUGCCCUCGAACUGGCCCGUGUUGGCGACUCGCGUACAACUGAACCGAGGGGUAACAGUUCAGUUGAUAGUAUCUACACCGCGUUCGUGUCUGUAUCACACACAUGUUCGCGUGUAGUGUACUUGUGCUACGACGCUAUUGUCAAGAUCGAUUCGUUUCUGGGAUUUGAUUUCAACGGACGUUUAUUUUUGGGUACAGUAGAAGCUUGUUCUUCUUCGCCCUUCUUCGGGCUGUGCAUUCGCUCUGAUAUAUUCCAACAGAUGAAAAUGCCUACAGACAGUUGGUUGUUCCUGAUGAGCGUUUCGAAAAGCCUUCGUACCUGCCGUACGUAUUCUUGAUGAGUGUGCUCAAUGGGUUUUCGUUGUAUGCAACAGCCUCCGUCAAAUAGGCUUUGCAACAGAGUACGUUUGAGCGUUUCUCUCUGCUACCAUCACGUCGUCACCCGUCAUGAGGAGCUGAUACCCAAGUGUGUGUGGUUGUGUGUCAUGUUUGCUGGCAUCGACCGUGCUAAAGGCUGAUAAAUGAAACGACGUCAGCGCAGUUAAACUCGGAAAAGCCUUGCAAAAGCCAUAAUCAGGGUGAGGGGAGGGUAACGGGGAAGGCUAGGCAUGUGUGGAGUGACCGUGUGUUUUGUUGUGUUGUGUUGUGUUGUGGAGUGUGGUUCUGGGGGCGUGCUCCGUCAUUCACAAGAAACACUGCAGGGUUAACGUGCAAACCGGGUCAUAGACUUUCAUUGUUAUGACAGCGUGAGGGGGCGUAAUAAGCUAUUCUCUGUAUAAAGGACAGAAACGGUAGCAGAUCAAGCCAAACGCACGCCUACCGUGGCAUCUGUACUUUCUACUCGUGCUCGUUUCGGCCCGCUUCGCACCUUGCUUGCUGCUUUCAUGCGCCAAUUCCUUGCGUAUGCCUAUGUGUGUCUUUUUAUUAACAUCGACCGCGCUAACCGGCUGAUCAAUGAAACGACACCAGUCUCGUCCGUACCGAGGCAAACAUAACAUUCUUUGUAGGACACGAUCUGGGACCCUGUGACUG